UUUCUUCUAUUGUCAACAUCCGGCUACACGUCCCCACAACACAUCACACCGCCGAGACGUCUGAUACAUCUUUAUUUAAUUAAACGCUUCCAGACUUCUCAUUAAAAGGCGAUGUUGCGGGCUGUCUUUAACACUUUAUGAAUGAUUGAGAAUCUGGCAGGCAGUUUGAAGUAUAAUUAAGGUUUAGGAUUUGACGCCUUAGACAAACCCAGAGCUUCAAAUGGGGGAGGUGAGGAAGCUGCAGAAGAAGUUGAGACAGAUUGAAAAUUUGGAAAUAAAAAUCAAUCUUACUCCAGAGGAGAGAAUCAAGAUCUCCAGGAAGGCGGAGCUGCGUUCCAGAUUGGCUGAGCUUCAGCUGCAGCUUUCUGGCCCGCAGCAAACUCUAGGGAUUGUGGGAGACGGAAAAAAGGAGAAGAUGAAAAGACAAGUGGAGGAUGCCCCUGAGGCCCUUCCAUCACAAACGCCUCCAGCCUCCAAGUUCCUUAAGGGAGAAGAGGUGUCCAAAGCUCAAGCAACGCCAGUGCCGGCUGCCAGCCAGGGGAAGAGAGGCGGGGGAGCAGAGACAGGCAGACAGCGGGAAAGGACAGAGCCGACCAGCGUGUCAGAUUACUGCCGAGACUUUGACAACGAGCAGCAAAUACAACAGGAAGAAGCUGAAUUUACAUCCCUCAAGUCGUCUUGGGAGAAGACAAAGUUUCGGUUGAGGCUGCUGAAGGGUCACAAUGACAUAGUCACCUGUGUGGUUGCUGUUGACAACCUGGUGGUUUCUGGAAGCCGAGAUACAACAGUGAAGGUGUGGCAUGUUCCCACGGCAACAGAGCACAAGAACCUGGGGGGUCACACUGGUGGGGUCACCUGUCUGUCUGCACCUCCCCCUGAGUACUGCAGGAGGCUGGCUUGGUCCCUGUCUUUGUCCGACAAGGAGAGGUUUAUUUUGAGCAGCUCGGCAGACUGCUAUGUGAAGAUCUGGGCCCUGAACAUUGGGCAGUGUGUCAAGUCUAUCUACACGUUCAACGCUGUGACUGCGCUCUGCUUUGUGCCAGAGGAAGAUGGCUACAUCAUCACUGGGUCAGAUGGGGGGAAAGUUCAAGCCUGGAGCUGGCACUCUUUCGAAAACUGCCAGUCAGUCAAUGCUCACCGGGAAGCAGUCACCUCCCUCCAGUCUCAGGGUCCGCUGGUGUUCAGCGGCUCAGCAGAGGGAGGGGUGUCUGUGUGGGAGAACCGGUGUUCGGAUCGGGACCCUCUGAGGCUGCUGCACCACUGGAGCGGCGAGGUGACAGGCUGUGGUGGGGGACUGGGCGGGCGUCUGACCCUCAGCCCGCGGGGAGACCGAGUGUUCCUGGCUCACGGUCGAGCCUGGCUCAAGAUCCUGGACUGGAGGACCGGAACGAUCUCCAGACUGACCAAUCACAGCAGCAUCACCGGGGUAACAGAUUGUGCUCACCAGACAGGAAGCCUCUUAAUUGGCUCUUGCUAUGAUCUGGCGAAUGGAGAAAGCUCGCUAAAUUUAUUCUCUCUGCCUCAGUGUCGGUACCUGGCCUCUCUGACUUGGCCUGAUGCUUCCAGAAUCCUUUGCUUUGCGGCGUGGACCACGGGGAGCGGAGACCACCGGUGGGUCACCGGAGGUCACAGCCUUGUCGUAUUGGAGCAGCUCCCCAGUUCCGGGAAGCAGAGAGGUGACGUCACAGUGAAGAGUGACAGUCAACUGGAGUCCUCCUUGCUGGAGUCAGAGGGGGACACAGAAGAUGACGAGGACAGCGAUGAUCAUGAGGAUAAUGAUAACAACGACGAGGGAAGAGACGGGCGGCGCGAUGAUGCGGAGGAUGGAGGGUCCGGCUCAUGGUCGCGCUGCAUUCUCCAAUGAGUGCCGGCUUUCCACGCAAAAGACACCGCACGCGGCCUUCAGAGCGACGGAGGGUGCAGGGAGGGGGCUGAAGUGUGACAUGCUGAGUGUCAGUGUCAGAGGGGGAGCAUAUGGAUGGAUAAACUGAGUGAAUGAGUGUGUGUGUGCGUGAGUGUGUUUGUGUGUGUGUGAGUGGUAGGCAGAUUGUUUUCUAUGUAAAUAUUAUUUCCACAUCCAAUAAAGCUGUCACAUUGUGACUCUCACCUCUGAA